AUGGCAGGAAAUAUUUCAAUAAAUAUUUCCACACUCAAAAAAUGUUGUAUUCAUGUUGGACCAAUACUUUGGGGCUCUUCGUCCUUUAACGAAGCAGCCAAAGUAUCAACAAUCCUGGCCAUAACGCUGAACGUCUUGACGAUGCCUAUGACUUUGUUUCUCAACGCUCUGAUUAUUUUCGUUGUUUGGAAGAAUCCAUCUCUUCAGGUUGAGCGUGUGAUAGUCCUGGCUUAUUUAGCCUUGACUGACUUUCUUGUUGGACUGAUUUGCCAACCGUUUCUCAUCGCCAGAGAAAUACUUCAGUUAAAAAGCAUUGAAGGGAACUGUGGUUUAGAAACUGUGUUUUUUCUAGCAAUCGGUCUUUUAAAAGGAGCAGAGUUUUACCAAAUUGCAGUUAUUUCAUACGAGAGAUACGUGGCCAUCAUCCAUCCAUACCUGUACCCAACACGAAUCACAGUCAAGAGACUCAUUUUUGCAACCAUCGGACUUUGGACUCUUAACACUGUUGUAGUUUUGCUAUCCUUCUUAACGUUAGCUUUGGGUGUUUCCUUAUAUCUUGGUGCCCUAAGUACCAUCCUUAAGAUUUUUAUUUCUAUCUGCAUGGUUUACUGGUAUGCUAAAAUCUUUACUGUAUUAAGAAGGCAAAAACGACUGAUAGGUCAACAGAAUCCAAAUGUCAACAUGAAUAAUCCCCACUUCCAGCGAAGACACAAAGGAGCAAUGACAGCUGUUCUUCUUCCUGUCUGCUUAUUAUUUUCUCUUAUUCCGGUAUUUGUUGUAAUGAUUUCAAGACGGGUAUUCGGGCAUACUUUCCAGCAAAGCCUUGCAUGGCUAAUCGUGCAGCAAUGGGCAGAAACUGUUGCAAUUCUCACGGCGCUCCUAAAUACGAUAAUCUACGGCCUUGCUACAAGAGGAGUGAGAGAGAAAUCUUGGGAGGCUUUGUGCUUUCGGCGCGACAGUGAUGAAGUUAUCUCUCAAAAUGCUUUUGUACUGAACCCCCUACACAUUCUUCGACAUAUGAACUCAUGA